AUGAAGCCGUGUCCAAAACUCAGUGACUCCAUUGUUGUUGAGGUGAUCUUCACAGUUUUGUUGCUGGGAUUGCAAGGAGUAAGGGUUGCCAAAGGAUUGGAUUGUCUUGAGUAUCCUGCUAUCAGCUGCAGAAAACACAGUGCAGUAUUGACUGAUUUUGGUGGUGUUGGUGAUGGAAAAACAUCUAACACCAAGGCCUUUCAAUAUGCAAUUAGCAACCUCAGCCAUUAUUCAUCUGAUGGUGGAGCUCUACUUGUUGUGCCACCCGGGAAAUGGCUAACAGGAAGCUUCAAUCUCACAAACCAUUUUACCCUUUUUCUCCACAAUGAAGCUACCAUUCUUGCAUCUCAGGAUGAAUCAGAGUGGCCUACAGUUAAAGUUUUACCAUCUUAUGGCAGAGGAAGGGAUGCUCCUGAUGGAAGGUUUAGCAGUCUCAUUUUUGGAACUAACCUCACUGAUGUAGUAAUCACUGGUUACCAUGGGACCAUUGAUGGACAAGGAUCUUAUUGGUGGGACAAGUUCCACAAGGAUGAAUUGAAACUCACCAGGCCUUACAUGAUUGAGGUUAUGUUCUCUAAUCAAAUCCAGAUAUCAAAUCUCACUUUGAUCAAUUCUCCAUCUUGGUUUGUCCAUCCAAUUUACAGCAGUGACAUCAUAAUUCAAGGACUGACCAUUCUUGCUCCAGUUGACUCUCCCAAUACUGAUGGAAUAAAUCCAGAUUCUUGUACCAACACUAGGAUUGAAGAUUGCUAUAUUGUCUCUGGUGAUGAUUGUAUAGCAAUUAAGAGUGGUUGGGAUGAGUAUGGAAUCAAAUUUGGAAUGCCAAGCCAACACAUAAUAAUCAGAAGGCUUGAAUGUGUUUCCCCUGAUAGUGCUAUGAUUGCUUUAGGCAGUGAAAUGUCGGGUGGAAUCCAGGAUGUUAGAGCUGAAGACCUCACAGCUAUCAACACUCAAUCAGCAGUAAGAAUCAAAACUGCAGUUGGUAGAGGUGCAUAUGUCAGAGACAUAUUUGUGAAAGGAAUGAACUUAAACACCAUGAAGUAUGUGUUUUGGAUGACAGGUUCUUAUGGCUCACACCCUGACCCUGGCUUUGAUCCCAAAGCACUUCCCAACAUAACUGGAAUAAACUAUAGAGAUGUCUUUGCAGAUAAUGUAACAUAUUCUGCAAGACUUGAAGGAAUUGCUAAUGAUCCUUUUACAGGAAUCUGUAUUUCUAAUGUGACUAUCCAUAGUGGUGAAAAGAAAUUGCAAUGGAAUUGCACUGAUAUUGAGGGGGUGACAAGCAAUGUCUAUCCUAAGCCUUGUGAGUUGCUUCCAGAGAAGGAAGAGCUAAUUGAGUGUCCUUAUCCAGAUGACAAAGUGCCCAUUGAAAGUGUUCAGCUGAAGACUUGUUCCUUGAAAAGUCUCUCAUUCUUUUAA